AUGUCAUGGCAACAAGACGUGGAAGCCAAGAUCAACAAGAGUGCGGGAUCCGGCAAAAGACCUGCAAACGAGAAGCAAUGUGGUCGUUCCUUGGCCAGCGAGCGGCUUGCACGCGUCCAUCGAGUGUAUAUUACCUCGGUGCGUACAUGGCCUUCCACCUCAACAGCACCUUCAUCACGAGCAACAUUCCAAACCCACUUUUUUGCAAACCGCGGCGUGCGUCCCAACUCCACGGCAAACACACCUGCCAGUCAUAAUAUCAAAAAUCUUGCUCCUGUACAGGCGCCAACAUCACCUGAAGCACCAUCGAAGAGCGAGACGAUACCGCCUGUUGGAGCUUCAGACAACAAUGAUGCUAUGGUCAAGUUGCGGUGGAAAGCCGCCCCAGAGUAUACCCCUGCCGUCUACAAAGAGCUUUCAAAGGCAAAAUUGUCUGCUUUUGUCGUCCUGACGGCUAUGGCCGGAUAUGCAUUGGCGCCAGGAGCGGUUUCCGUGUCAACUUUGCUAUGGACAACGGCGGGAACUGCUCUCUGCUCUGGAGCCGCAAAUGCGAUCAACCAAUGGAUCGAAGCACCCUAUGACGCGCAAAUGUCUCGAACACGCAACCGAGCUCUCGUUCGCCAUGCUAUCAGCCCGCUGCACGCCUUCAGUGCCGGUAUCGCUGGCGGAGCAGCCGGUGUUGCGAUUCUAGCACAUUUUGUCAACCCUCUCACUGCCGCGCUCGGGGCUAGCAAUAUUAUCCUCUAUACAUGUGUAUAUACUCCUCUGAAGCGGACCUCGAUUGCAAAUACGUGGGCAGGUGCGAUUGUAGGGGCGAUACCACCCAUGAUGGGAUGGGCAGCGUGUACUGGUAGUCUGGACGCCGGAGCUUGGUUGCUGGCAGCAGUAUUGUACGCUUGGCAAUUCCCACAUUUUAAUUCUCUAAGCUGGAAUCUGAGAGCCGAUUACUCUAAGGCAGGCUACCGGAUGAUGUCUGUAACAGAUCCGGCGCUAAACGCGCGCGUAUCGUUACGAUACAGCUUGCUGCUAUUUCCCCUCGCAUGGGCCGCGCCGUAUCUGGGACUGACGACGUGGUGGUUUGCCUUGGAUUCGUCCAUCAUCAAUGCCGUUAUGGCUGCAGGGGCAUGGAAAUUUUGGAGAAAUCCCUCGGAUAAGACUGCACGAACGUUGUUCUUUGGUAGUUUAGUCCACCUUCCCGUGAUCCUAGCCCUUCUCAUGAUUCACAAAAGCGUAGACAGUGGGGAGGGGGAGAACGAUGAGGUCUCAUUACAGGGAAUAUUUAAGUUGUUAUCCAUGUAA